UCCUGGGAACUGUAGUUCUAAACGCCCGAGCCUUUGCUGAAAAACGUGCAGCUGGUAAACUACAAACACCAGGACGCUCUGCGGCUACUGCUUUUCUCCCUCUCCUAGCGGAACCCGGAAGCGGACUAAGCAAACCUCCAAGAAGGAGGACGGUCGUUUCUGUGGCAACGGGGGUUUGCAUUUGUAUCCUAGUGAAAGAGAUGGAGGGUCGUGGGGACUACAGGUGCAUCGAGUGCAAUAGGAAAGCCACAGAGCUGUACAAGGACUAUCAGCGUGGCGUGUUGCGCAUCUCUAUCUGCAAAUCCUGCCAGAAGCCAGUGGACAAAUACAUCGAAUAUGAUCCUGUUAUCAUCUUGAUUAAUGCUAUCUUAUGUAAGGCACAGGCUUACCGACAUAUUCUGUUUAAUACAAAGAUAAACAUUCAUGGGAAGCUCUGCAUAUUUUGUUUGCUUUGUGAAGCUUAUCUCAGGUGGUUGCAGCUACAGGAUUCAAGUCAAAGCCCUGACCCUGGUGAUUUAAUUAGAUAUGCCAAGGAGUGGGAUUUUUAUCGAAUGUUUGGAAUAGCAUCUCUGGAACAAACUGCAUUUUUGAUUGGCAUCUUUACUGCUCUGUGGUUAGCAAGACCAGUGGUCCUGAAAACCAAGGCAGAUUUCAUCUUACUUCUGAAAGCGCUGCUGCUCUCUAGCUAUGGGAAACUUCUGCUGAUCCCAGCUGUUAUUUGGGAACAUGACUAUACUCAUUUGUGCCUCAAGCUCAUUAAAGUGUUUGUCUUGACAUCAAACUCUCAAGCAAUUAGAGUUACCUUGAAUACAAGCCGAAAGCUUUGUCUGGUGGCCAUUGUGAGUGGAUUAAUUUUGGAAAACAGCAUCAUCUGUUUAUUCCAGAGGAUAGGAUGGAAUGUCUGAAGUCCACUUGUCGUUUUGCUGGUGAUGGAAUUCUUUGAAGAUGUACAGAAAAGAGAUCUCCAUGGGUUACUCACAAAGACUACUUUACCACAGUAUAUUAUCCUUUAGCUAUAAAUACUCUGGUAAAAAAAAAGAAUGUAAAUAAACUUUCCAGACUUAACAAAAGACAAUCUGAAACCUGCCCAGGAACUUUAGGAACCAGGCACUUCUAUUUUAUAAUAGUUUUUAGUACUUUUGACAAACCAGCUGGUGGUGUUUCUGUCCUAGAUACGUAUGGAUCAAAUGACAGCAGGAAAACAGAAAAUACCACUCUGUUCUUUGCAUAAGAAAGGAGCUUGAUUAAUUGUUCUCUUAUGAGGAAAAACCAAAUGAACGCACUAUGAGAAGGGAGACAAAAUGGUAUUUCAAAAAAUCUUGAAAUUUUGCAUUAAAAAAACAAACUCUUUUUAAUAUGACAGCAAAAAGUCCCAA